UUUUUCAUCUUGCCUCGUUUUGAUUUUCUGUCAAGUCACACAGUAUCCCUUUAUCCCGUUGUAAUUUCAAAGAUGGAACAAAUUCAGAAUCUCCUGCAGAAUCAGAUAUUAAAGGCUGCCGAGGAAAAACUCGAUGCUGAAAUCGACAAAUUGGACAAUUUGACGGAAGAUGACUUGGAAGAUAUUCGGAGGAAACGAGUACAAGAGAUGAAAUUGAGGCAGCAGAAAAUGCAGCAAUGGAAAAUCAAUGGGCAUGGAGAGUAUACCGAGAUAGCUGAGGAAAAGGAGUUCUUUGAGAUGGCAAAAAAAUCUUCAAACUUUGUUUGCCACUUCUACAGAGAUGACUUCUUUCGCUGCAAAGUUAUUGAUAAGCAUCUUAAUAUACUUGCAAGGAAGCACAUGGAAACUAAGUUCUGUAAGAUUAAUGCUGAAAAAUGUCCCUUUUUAACAGAGAGACUGAGGAUUAAAACUUUGCCAACACUGGCAUUAGUGAAAGAUGCAAAAACCAAGGAUUAUGUUGUUGGAUUUGGUGAAUUAGGCAAUACUGAUGACUUUACUACAGAAGUAUUAGAGUGGAGGAUAGCUCAUGCUGAUGUAAUUGAAUAUUCUGGUGACCUCUUGGUUCCACCUGGCCAAGCUACAAAAUCAAAACUGAAGAUAAAAAACAAGAAAACAAUUCGAGAAAAUGAAGACGAAGAUUCUGAUUAAGCUGCAGCUAUCCUCCAUAUUCCACUGAUAUUUUCAGUAUUUUCGCUUUCAAUAAAUUUCACAUUCAGCUUAA